UGCGUGCGGGGCGAGUGACGCGGGGCGGUUGCGGGGUGAGUGACGCGGUCACCAUGGCGGCGGCGCUAUGAUGCCCGGCAAGAAGCAAAAGCAGCGGCUCCACCGAAGCAUCAAGCUGGCCAAGAAGAUCAUCAUCAAGGACGGCGGCACGCCUCAAGGAAUAGGUGCACCAAGUAUAUACCAUGCGGUGAUAGUAAUAUUUCUGGAGUUCUUUGCUUGGGGUCUUCUGACAGCACCGACAUUAGUGGUCUUGCAUGAGACAUUUCCCAAGCAUACAUUCUUGAUGAAUGGCUUAAUCCAGGGUGUAAAGGGAUUACUGUCGUUUUUGAGUGCACCCUUGAUAGGUGCACUUUCAGAUGUUUGGGGUCGAAAAUCUUUUCUGUUGCUGACCGUCUUUUUCACUUGUGCUCCUAUUCCUUUAAUGAAAAUUAGUCCAUGGUGGUAUUUUGCAGUUAUCUCUGUAUCUGGAGUAUUUGCUGUAACCUUCUCUGUGGUAUUUGCGUAUGUGGCAGACAUAACACAGGAACAUGAAAGAAGUAUGGCCUAUGGACUGGUUUCAGCCACAUUUGCUGCAAGCUUGGUUACUAGCCCAGCCAUUGGUGCAUAUCUUGGUGGAAUUUAUGGGGACAAUCUAGUGGUUAUUCUUGCCACAGCAAUUGCUUUGCUGGAUAUUUGCUUCAUAUUGGUGGCUGUGCCAGAAUCUCUACCUGAAAAAAUGCGCCCUUCAUCUUGGGGAGCACCGAUCUCCUGGGAGCAAGCUGAUCCAUUUGCGUCGCUCAAGAAGGUCGGCCAAGAUUCAACAGUUCUUCUUAUCUGCAUUACAGUUUUCCUCUCCUAUCUGCCAGAAGCGGGGCAGUAUUCCAGUUUUUUUCUUUACCUCAGACAGGUCAUGCGAUUUUCAGCAGAAAAUGUCACUGUGUUUAUAGCUGUCCUUGGAAUCCUUUCCAUUAUCGCACAAACAGCAGUUCUGAGUUUGCUGAUGAGAUCUAUUGGAAACAAAAACACUAUUCUGCUUGGGUUAGUAUUCCAGAUGUUGCAGUUGGCUUGGUAUGGCUUUGGCUCGGAACCAUGGAUGAUGUGGGCAGCAGGAGCAGUGGCAGCAAUGUCCAGCAUCACUUUUCCAGCAGUGAGUGCAUUGGUUUCACGGAAUGCUGAGUCAGAUCAACAAGGAGUCGUUCAAGGAAUGGUCACAGGGAUUCGAGGUUUGUGUAAUGGCCUAGGGCCUGCACUUUAUGGAUUUAUAUUCUAUAUUUUUCACGUUGAACUAAACGAAUCACUGGAGAAUGACGCUGGUUCACCUGACCAUAAGAAAACUGAAAUUCAUUCUCAGCAGAAUACAAUAAUUCCUGGACCACCGUUCUUAUUUGGAGCAUGCUCAGUAUUGCUGGCUUUACUUGUUGCCUUCUUCAUCCCAGAGCACAGAAACGUGUCUGCAAGAUCCAGCAGCUGGAAGAAACAUGCUGGUAGCCAUGGCCAUGCACACAAUCCACAACUCCCUUCUGAAGCUAAAGAACCUCUACUUCAGGAUACUAGUGUAUGACAUUAGUUUAUUGCAAUACCUAGCUACUUCAGAUGAACACUGAAAAUAUACUGAGUACAUAUUUUAAGAAACUAUUGUGGACCUGAAACAAUGCAGUAUUUUCUGAAUCCAGUUUUUUAGGGCAUUGCAACUCAGGAUUGUAUUGAUCCCUUCAAGACGACAAGCGUGUUGUAGGAAUGCAGUUAUAAGGGGAGGUUGGCUACAUUUUAAAAGCCGCCAGGUGACAUAUUUUCCUGGGAGGCUUCUUUUAUUGGGGUCUAUUGACCUGAUGCUGCUCCAGUUCCCCGUGACAUGGCUGAAGUGUAAAUUGUGCCAUGUGAAAGAAAAUCAUUAAACACAAUGUGUUAGUGUGGGUCUGUAUUAUUUUAAAAUGUGAUGAAUAUGAAUGACUGCGUUGGACUUAAAAUUGUAGUCAGCGUAUACCCCAACGCUUCAGGUGCUCUGCUGGAUUUGGAUCUAACCUUAACGCUUAUGUCGCAAUGAGACUGAUCCAGGAUGAAUUUGUACUUCAUUUUAAUUUGGGCACAAGAGUGGUUAGAUAUUUGAGCCUUAAAUGUUGUAGAAGCACUUGAAUACAAAGUAAAAUCUGGUUGUGACAAUGUAUCUGCAAGUAUUCAAGGCAGCAUGCUAUUUGGAAAUUAAUGCACUGCCUGCUGUCUUAUCCGUUUUUAUUCCUGUACAUACCCAGAAAAUUUCACAUCUAGCAGACUUUUAAAUUAACGUUUAGUUUAACUAAUUAAUUCAGCUACAUAUCAGUAUCACGUUCAUGAGAAUCUUUCAGCCUGGAAUUAGUGCUGGAACUCGCUGCAUUGUGGACUGAGUGAAAUGUGCGCUUCAGUUUGCUUCAGCAAGCUAUCUUAAAAGGCAGUUUGCCUUAAAUGCUUGUGUGUUUACUUGGGGUAUUGUUAAUGUGACAGAUUUUGCCAUUUAAAUUAAUAUUUUUAAUGCCACAGUUUCCCUGCCUUUAUUUUCUGUGCUUUUAUUGCUGUUGUAAUGAGUGCUAUUUGACUCCAAACAGGUACAAAACAUAACCUUCAGACCUGCAGCCUUGAGAAUUAUAUUUUGUAUAUUACUGUUCCAUUAUAGUGGCCUUUUUAGCAAUAUGAUCCAUUUUGUGGUAAAUAGAAUUAAUCACUAUGUCAAAUUUGCUAUAUUGCCUGUUCUUUGAAUAAAAUACAUUGUUUGAUGUUUUAAAUGAAGCAAUACAUCAAAAAUAA